GAGAGACAGACAGACAGACAGACAGAGAGACAGACACACAGACACACACACACAGAUCAGUUGUCAGGUUUCUUUGAAACUGCAGAUUAACUUUGAAAUGUGACUCCUGUGUAAACAUGGGAGUGGUGUGUGUGCGUGUGUGUGUGUGUGUGUGUGUGUGUGUGUGUGUGUGUGUGUGUGUGUGUGUUUGUGUGUGUGUGUGUGUGUGUGUUUGUGUGGUUCAAUAAAAGAAAAACUGGAUCUGGUCUGAUCAGGCCUUAGUGAAAUCUUCUUUGAGCACCCAGUAGAACCUCCUCAGUGACUUCACAAACCCCUUGAGAUCACCCAGACCGUCAAAGUCCAACAGAGAGCCCCUAUACAUCAUCAGAGACACCCUAUACAUCAUCAGAGACACCCUAUACAUCAUCAGAGAACCCCUAUACAUCAUCACAGACCCCCUACACAUCCUCAGAGAACCCCUAUACAUCAUCACAGACCCCCUACACAUCCUCAGAGACCCCCUACACAUCCUCAGAGACCCCCUAUACAUCCUCAGAGAUCCCCUAUACAUAAUCAGAAACCCCACAUGCACCCUCAGAGAUCCCCUAUACAUCCUCAGAGAUUCCCCUAUACAUCCUCAGAGAUCCCCUAUACAUCCUCAGAGAUCCCAUAUACUUUAUCAGAGAUGCCCUAUACAUCCUCAGAGAUCCCUUAUACAUUAUCAGAGAUGCCCUAUACAUCAUCAGAGACACCCUAUACAUCCUCAGAGAUCCCCUAUACAUCCUCGGAGAUCCCAUAUACUUUAUCAGAAACCCCACAUGCACCCUCAGAGAUCCCCUAUAUGAGUCCCCUUUACACCCUCAGAGAUCCCAUAUACUUUAUCAGAGAUCCCCUAUACAUCCUCAGAGAUCCCCUAUACAUAAUCAGAGAUCCCAUAUACUUUAUCAGAGAUGCCCUAUACAUCCUCAGAGAUCCCUUAUACAUCCUCAGAGAUCCCAUAUACUUUAUCAGAGAUGCCCUAUACAUCACCAGAGGUCCCCUAUACAUCCUCAGAGAUGCCCUAUACAUCCUCAGAGAUCCCAUAUACUUUAUCAGAGAUGCCCUAUACAUCAUCAGACACACCCUAUACAUCCUCAGAGAUCCCCUAUACAUCCUCAGAGAUCCCAUAUACUUUAUCAGAGAUCCCCUAUACAUCAUCAGAGACACCCUAUACAUCCUCAGAGAUCCCCUAUACAUCCUCAGAGAUCCCAUAUACUUUAUCAGAGAUCCCAUAUACUUUAUCAGAGAUCCCCUAUACAUCAUCAGAGACACCCUAUACAUCCUCAGACCCCCUAUACAUCAUCAGAGACACCCUAUACAUCCUCAGAGAUCCCCUAUACACCCUCAGAAACCCCCUAAAACCAAGUUUCAAAAAGCCAUGGAUGUCCCACAUCUUUCCUUUGGAUCCUCAGGGACUUCUCAAAUGUCCCUAAAGACUCAGAGCGAGAAUCUGUCUUAGUCACAAUCAUCUUUUAAAUCUUUGAAUUGGACUUCAGUUGUCUCUUUAUUCUGUACAUGUGACAUCUAUUGCACGUCUGUCCGUCCUGGGAGAGGGAUCCCUCCUCUGUGGCUCUUCCUGA